GCGGUGAUGUGCUGAUUCUAGUCGUGUGGCAUUGUGCGCGGAGGAAAGACGUUAUUCCAAAAGUAAGGGCCUGGGUUCGGAACGACUGAUGGGUUUUUCAACCUCCGACAGUCAACAGCUCCUGAGUGGGUUGGGUCCCUUUCGCUUGACCUAAGGCUAAGCCCAUGUACCAAUGCUGCUAUUUGUAGUCGGGCGACUGGACCAGUUGGAUUUCAGGAAGUCUCGAAGAACAAAAUAGUGGAAGAAAGUUAAUCACUUAAUUUAAGGAGCUCAGAUGGAUCCUGGUGUACGACAAGCAGCUUGAAAAGACCAAAACCAUUGUCCUUCUGGGUCCAGCGCUAAUUGUGGUGACGAAAUGGCCUAUCGGAAAGUGGAUCAGAAAUUUUCACUGCGCACCCACGAUGUGGAGCCUGACGAACUUCCGAUUGCUUCUCUGGAGUUGGAGUGGGACAUGGAGAAGGAGCUGGAGGAGAGUGCGUUUGAUGACUUUGGACUGGAGGAUUCGAGCCAACCCCAUGUGAGCAACUCCACUCAGAAUACCGAUCUCGACAUGGAAUUUAUCCAACCUUCUACAUCCCCUCGGGGCAGGUUCGAACGUCUUCAAGAGGAAGCCAGUUACCACACAGCACAUCAUCUGAGACAAGGACCAAACCAUCAACCCAGCAGCUUUUAUAAGAAAGCCAAACUCUUUACUGCAGCAAUUGCAAUAUUUAUAUGUGGUCUUCUGAUCGGUUACUAUGGACGUAAAGUUAGUACAAUGAAAAAGUUGCCAAAUAAUGGAACAGCACCGAGUCCGACUCCAUCUACAAGCACUGUUCCACCUGAUGACAACACUGUCCUCCAGGAAAUUGUUCAGGAAAUCGGAGCUGAGAGCAUCAAAAUACUUUUCAGGAAUUUUGCACAAUUGGCUGCGGAUUCAGACUCAGGCGAGGGGAGCGCUGCCUCACAUGUUAUGGAGCAGUGGGCUGCGUCUGGACUAAUGGAAACCCGCUUAGUAAAUUACACAGUGCUCCUGAGCUUGCCUGACGCCAAGCCAAACAGAAUCACUCUGACAAACAGCAGCCAGUGCUUUUAUCCCAAUGGACAGCAAUGCAGCCCUCGAUCAUCAGCCCCACGUGAGGAGAAAGGAAAACGUGACCUUCUCGGUUCCUACGCAGCUUAUUCUGCCAACGGAUCUCUGGAGGCAGAGCUCGUGGAUGUACAGUAUGGAACAGUUGAUGAUCUUCUCAACCUUCGUUCAAGUACCAACUUUACCCNAAAAAUUGCACUAGUUAAACUUGGACAGGCACCGUUAUUAUAUAAGUUGUCUUUAUUGCUGGAGGCUGGUUUUGGAGGAGCUUUGGUCUACGUUGAUCCCUGUGAUUCACCCCAAAACAUGAACACCAGUCACGAAACAUUUUGGAUUUCAUUGAACCCUGGAGGAGAUCCAUCCACACAAGGAUACCCUAGCAUUGAUGGAAGCUUCAGAGAGUACCGGCCAAACCUCACAUCUUUGCUGGUCCAACCAAUUUCUGCCGUCCUAGCUAAAGAGCUUCUCUCAUCAAAUAAGAUGGCGAGUGGAAGUGGCUGUGUUCUGCUGGCGAAUUCAAGCUCAGACAGGAAAACUGUCAGACUGGAGGUGGGCACAGUCGCUGACUACAAGACCAUUCAGAAUGUGAUUGGCCGCUUGAAGGGAUCUGUCAACCCAGAUAAGUAUGUUAUUGUUGGCAGUCACCAUGGCAACGGUGAAGAACUCUGGCCCAGUAGCGCCUCAAUCGUGACGGAGAUAAUCCAGGCCGUGAUGUCCCACGUUCGACAGAGAGGGUGGCACCCGAAUCGGAGCAUCUUGUUUUGUUCCUGGGGAGGGACUGCCUUCGGCAGCAUCGGCUCACACGAGUGGGCAGAGGAGAUGGAGCAUGUUCUCCAGGUUAAUGCUGUGGCUUACGUUAACCUGUUCAAGCCUGUUUUGGGAAAUGGAAUUCUGCACACCGUGGCUUCACCUUCCCUUCGGCAACUGGCAGCAGAUGUUAUAAACACGAGGUUUUCUUUAAACUGCACACGGCAGGAGAAAUGCUCAGGAGCCAAGGUCCACUCAGCGCAGGUGGAAGGAAACAAUGAUUUCUUCAUAAAUCAUCUUGGAGUACCAACUGUUCAAUUUGCAUAUCUGGAGACAAAAACGCCAGCGGGACCCGGGUUUAUAUCUGAAGCACUUUGGGCUCGGGAUGUGUCAGUGGUUGAGUCCUUAGAUCCCUCCUUCCGUCUUCACGAGACUGUUGCUAAGUUGACGGCAGAAAUGAUCCUGCGGAUAGCCAACGAGCCAGUUCUGCCUUUCAAUGUCCUCGAUGUAGCCCUGGUGAUACAAGAGCAACUCAAAGGCGAGGGCGAGUCUUCACGUCACAUGCUGGCAUUUGCGAAUGCGCUGAGGGAAAGUGCCCAACUGUUUCAGUCCAAUGAGAUGCGUCCAGCCAAUGACCCCAAGGAACGUGAUGCUGUCCGUCUCCGGAUGUUAAACAAUGUGCUGCAGAACCUGGAGAAAAACUUCAUCAUCCAACAGGUCCCGCCCGGCUACUACAGAAAUAUACUAUAUCGUCUUGACGAGGGGUCAAACCAGUUCUCUGUCGUGGAAGAAGCUUUUAACCAUCACCAACUCCAACAGACAAACCAAACCUUAAACACUGUGUUGUCCAAGGUGAUGAACAGCAUUCGCGCUGCUCAGGCUUAUGUGAAGGCCGGCUUGGAAGUGUUUGAGAACAUUCGAAAUACAAAAAAACACACAUUAGACUUUUAGAAACGUGCAAUGGGGAAUAAGAGGAAACGUGUCCUCUAUAAACAAAUUUCUUUAUAUAUGUGUUCUUGAAAAACGGUUCCUGAAUUUACCAAAGGACGUGUUGUUACUGAUCACAGGGAUGCAAAUACACUCCAGAGACAAAACAUUGGUGAUCUUCAUUAACAGGGUAGCGCUUAACAUUAACUACUGAGUCAGACACAGUACUUCUACCUAGUUAUAUUGGAGACAAUGCUGUGGUCAUACAAGAUCAAUACUUGCUGGGGUUAUGGGAUGGCAAACUAUUUCUGCCCUUUAAAGACUGCUAGCUAUUAAAUUAGGCAAGAAUAUCAAAAGAGAAAUGCUUAUUAACCGAAAUAAUUCAUUCAGUCCAUCUAAUGGACUGAAAUCUGAUGCCAAUGAAUGUUUUAUAAGCACUUAAUUAUUUUCACCAUAAUUUACCUCAAAAUGGGCGAUUCAUUAAAUUGAUCAAAUUUAAGAUAGAGGGUUUCAUUAAAGCUGGAAAUGUAUAAUGUGUGCCUUUCAACCUGUGGAUACAUUUAUAAAGUGGUAUUUUUGUAACGAAACAAAUUAUGUGUCGUAAAGAACGGGAGAUUUUCCUGCUUUGUUUUAAGCAUGUUAAUGCAAUUGACAUGUUACGUUAUCUUUUGUUUAAGCUCGAUAUAAAAAAA